AUGCUUUUCCCCCUCGAUGGGGAUGAUAUGGAAAUCGCAAUAAAAAGCAGGAAGCUGAAGGAGAUUGGAUACACUCAAAAAGUCGACAAGGGUGCAGGCAAUGAAGAGCUAGAAGAUUACCACCCCAUUGAUCCAGUUCCAAGUUCAAAGGCAUCAGUAAGACCUGGACCUAUUCAGCAUGGCACACCUCUUAUGCCUUAUAUCCCAAAGCCUUCACCUCCUGGUAAUCCAAAGCAUGGUGGUUAUCCUUCGCCUACUUCCGAGCCCAUUCCAUGA